AAACACGACAGAAGCGGUACUGUUCGAGUUUGUGAACACACAUUUCUGCAUGUUUUUUGUUUGAAAAGUACUAUUUUCGUGAAUCAUCGAACGAAAACGGAUUGGACUUCCAUCUUUGGAAGAGGGUAAUUAGGCGGAUAUGCAUAUGGAAUAACUCUGUCGAAGGAUUAAUGAACCGAAGCUAUGGACAGCUUUCGAGGUUCUACCAGUGAACUGACGGAAGCAGGUACUGUGUCUCUUGCCAACAGGCUGCUGAGGCAGUGCAACAGUUCAAGAGUAGUUAGGUGUGUGGAAGACAUUACUUCAACAGUCGUGGUUGAUCUGUUCACAGGCUUCCUUGCAGAAACACCCCAAGGGCUUAUCGCCAGCCCCAUCACUCAAGAAGAUGAGACCCACAACUGUCAGGUCAUCAUUGAUCAGCUGGCUGCCAACCUCCACACCUCACUGUCGCACAUCCGUGGGCGCAGCAUCGUGGAGGGGGAUGCAGUUGUCAUACAGAAUCUCCUGGAGAUCAUUGCCAUGCUGGCUGACAUCAUCCUCAACAAAAUAGACAGCGACUUCUCCACUGACCUAGAUGAUACUCGGAAUUCUGGUCUCUUUGUGCCGUCCCAUGAUGUGACUGAUGAGUUGUCAAGUCGUGAAGUGAGGUGGGAUCGACCGUCUCGGCUCACACAAGGAGCAACACACACAGAUAAACCAGCAAAAAUAACAGACCUAUAUACAAGACACUCCCCAACUGAUGAUGAGGUUGCUUCCAUUCCGACAGGAUCUCCUAUACCUCUCCUUGCACAUAGUAAAGGGGCAAUGUCUAAGAAGCUGUAUGACAAAACCUCUGACCUUCUAGAGAGAGCAAACAAUUUACUGCUACGGAGUCAGGAGCUGAACCUUCAACAUGGAGCCUCAUCACGCAGGCUGUCUCCGCCUCCCACCCACAUCAAGGAAAACACAUGGGUAUCACCAGGCCGACUUGAUUCAACUGAAGAGCUUGUGCAAGAUGCACACAGAAUACAACAGCGUCUUGAUGAUACAGAUGGACCAUUGCUCCAGCCUUAUCCUAAGCCCCAUGCUGACAUUGCAUCCACCUUCGACCACCUUGGGGAGCGUCCCAAGAGGAGACAAGAUGGCCCCAGCACAACUGCAGAGGCUUCUAAAGAUAAAUCCAGUGGUACUGUGACUCAGCAUCGCACCAUCACCCAUCAUUUGUACCAUCAUUACCCAUCUUGUGUGUCAGAUUUCUCAGCAUCAGCUCCCCUGCCAAGUAGGCACCAGACACCAGAGAAAGAUCGACUCAGGGCAACAGUUGGACCUGUGGAGUACUCUGACCAGCAAACACAUGGCAGGGCAACAUCAGGUGCAACCAAAACUACAUCUACAACAGCUACUGCUGGAACACAUAGUUCUCGUCCUCUAGCGGCCAAGGGUCUAGCCUCAUCCUAUACAGAUCUCCAUAGUCUGGUGUCACAGACAGCAGCGUAUGUCCGUGCCGCUGUCCGAACCAGCCCCAUCAGAUCGAAUUUGGAGCGAGAUGCCCUCACCGACUACAGGACACCCCUAGAUAGAGACUUGGUGCGAGACUAUCCCACAUCCAGGAAACUUGGCUAUGGGGACCCAAUUACAAAAGCCCCAGACACGGAAGAUCACCACCUUGCACAUGACCUGAAUGCUGCUGCUAAAGAUCCUACUGCUCCGAGACGAACAGAUCUCAUUCGCUCAAGACUUGCUGUUUCACCAGGCGCAGCUAGUAGGAAAGUGUCCUUCCUUGAUGACAAUUCCUACAGUAGCAAUGAUGUUAGUCGUGAGAAACUCGCCAGAAACACACGGGGUCAAAGUGAUGAAUCAGGCAUGAUUCGCGUUGACAUCAAGCCUAAACGGCGUCCAUUGCCAGCCAAGUCAUCGACUGUCCCAACUCGGGCCGGGGAGAAGUAUGGCAGCUACACUGACCUUGGCUACCUCAGUGACACAGAGUUGGAGAAUGGCAAACAGGAUGACCGUCUCAGGAGGAGGUUCCAUAGAAUGAUUGACAGUGCUGUGACUGGGGGCAGCAGGAAGCCGUCUGCUGGCAACAGGAAGGCCAAAUCUGCCGCUAAGCAGGUGCGCUUCCAGGGUGGAAAGCAGAAGACGAACAACUUCCAGCAUAUUGUCCCAACCAAGCAAAAACAUUUAUUGAAAGAAAACAAAACACAGAAGAAGAAAACUCAGAUCCUGAAGCAGAUGUAUGAGGAAGACCUAGAGGACCUGGAGGAGGAGUUCCGGGACCAGAUGUCCCACGGCAGGAAGGAAGCCAAAGAGACUGAGAAUGAGUUCAAGAAGAAAGUGCUAAAGAAAAAUAAAGUUGGAGCCACACAAAAACCAAAGGUACAGCAGGAGAUACCCAAAAGGUCGGAGGUUACAAUAAAAGUGGUGCCGACCAAGAAGUCUCGGACCAACAAGCCAGCUGUCAGCACCAAAGUGAGGAGACACAGUUCUGGGGCAGGGGGUCGCCAAGAGAUGAGUCUGACAGAGGAUGAGGACUUGAUGCCUGUACUACUGGAGGAGUUCCCUCACCUAUACCUGUCUGAGCACACCUGGCAUGAGUUGUGGAGGCGAGGUAUCUCACAGAUCGAACAACUCACUCGCACAUAUGAGGAAAACAAACGCAAGAAGAGUCUAGCUCAGAAACAGGUGGAGGGAGCAGAGAAGAGACAUGAAAUCCUGACAAAGAUGGUGCAGAAACAGCUGGAGCACUCCAAGCGGCAGCAAGACAUAAAAGACCAGCGCAUUCAGUCUGCAUCAGUACAGAACAAGAUGCACGAGAAGCGCAUGCAGUCUGCACGUGCCCGCAAGUACUACAAUGAAUAUCAGGUCCGCAUGAGAUCCAAGAUGUUGAAGAGAAGAACAAAAGAAGAAAUGAUCUUCAAGAAACUGUUUGACGAGUGCCUGGCCAUUCAGAAGGAGCGGAUCCAGGAGGUACGGCGAUACGCCCGGGAGCAGCGCUCCAACCAUGCUGAGCAGCGCAGCAAUGAGAUCCAGUCCAUGGAGAACUACUACGAGGACCAGUUCUCCAUGCUGGCAGAGAAAGUUGCACGGGAGAGGACCGAGACAGAAAUCAGGGACAAGGCUCAACAAAAGGUGCUUGCUGAGAUGAAGAAGGAAUUGCGGCGCCGUAUGGAACAGGAGAUAAAAAAUUAUCAGGAACAAAUGUUCCGAGAUGAAGAUGAUGCUUAUUUCCGACAGUUGGACGCAGACAGAUUGCGACAUGGUCUUCACCUGGCUAAGUUCCAGGCUCGGGUCUGAGAUCUGCUACUGCUGGUGGUGCAACUACUGAUAUAAGUGCUGGCCUACCCCCAAACCUCUGCAUGUCUGUGCCAAUAGUCUCACAUAUGUCGAAUCAGUAUUAAAGCUCAUGGUCACACCAGAACACACAUACGUUCAACUCAUAGUCUGUAUUGUAAGCCGGAACAUUGAUGCUAAAAUAUGUGAUGACUGUCAACGUGCAUGUGAUCAGCAGCAGUGUCAGGAUCAUCAUGGCUAAUGUGUGAUGAUAAAGAUAUUCUUGAAAUGACAAGCAGGAUGUUCGCAGGAAGAAGUUUCUAUGUAAAGUAACAUGUCAACCAUCAAUGGUGCUCACCCAUGGUCUGAGUUGACUUGAUUUGUCUGUGGUCUCAGUACUGUGGACUGUUUUUUGUGAAUCAUAAUAGAAUAUUUAUAAAUAGUUUUAUUCUUGAACUUCAUUGUAGAGCCAACGACCAAUGUCUGCAGUAGGCUUAUUCAGUCAUGACAUCCUACUGCAUAAUUUUUCUGUGAUAUUUUCUGUCCCUCUUUUGUAAACUAUAUUUGUACAGUUAAUCAGCAUGUGUUCAUUUUAUUGUAUACAUUGUCAGUCUCUGAAUGCAUAAAGAUCCCAUGAAAUAUUAUUUAUACACUGAAAUUUGUGUGUUUGUAGUUCAUUGUAAAUUUAGCAAAAAUAUUUAUUUGUAAAUAUUUCAGUAAUAAAAACGAAAAUAACUGUA